UCUAUUUUUAGCAAGUCAUGUGAUUAGUGUCACAUGAAUGCUGGUGAUACAAGCUGAACAGCAGCAAGAUGAUACUACAGCUGGCCUUGAUGUGUUGUGCUGUACCCUGGGUGGCUGGGGAUACGCUAUACUUUGAACCACACAGUGCACCCGUACUGAAAAACUUCACUUGUCCAGACCAAACCCAGUGUCCAGUAGGAAACACGUGCUGCCAGACCACACAGAACAAGUUUGGAUGCUGCCCCUAUAAAAAUGCGGUGUGUUGUUCGGACGGUGUCCACUGCUGUCAGAAAGGGGCCAGCUGUCACCCCAGCGGGAGGGGGUGUGUCCAUCAGCAGGUGGAGGAGCACACCCCUCAACCCAUCAGGACGGACACGGUGAAGGGGGACCUCGAGGUCUUCGGGACAGAGUGGUGUCCAGACAAGGAGGUCAUGUGUCCCAAAGGGAAAACCUGCUGUCAGGGAACAAACCAGGAAUACGCGUGCUGUCCUUUCGCUGAGGCCGUAUGCUGUUCUGACCACACCCACUGUUGUCCUGAGGGUAAUACCUGUGACUUGGUCACUAAAACAUGUCGUAUGGGGGACGUGCUUACAGCAUGGAUGGAGAAGACAUCAGCCAUUAGGAAGGACGUUGGUGACAUCCAGUGUGAUGCCACACAUGAGUGUGUGAACGGGGACACCUGCUGUAUGAUGGCCAACCACCAGUGGGGAUGCUGUCCUAUGCCUCAGGCUGUGUGCUGCUCCGAUGGCGCCCACUGCUGUCCCAAUGGGACCACAUGUGACAUGCCACAUGGCAAAUGUAAUAAAGCAGGGGGUGUGUCUGUUCCCUGGCUCAACAAACGUCCAGCUGUAAGGAAAGUGAAGGAUGUGAUGUGUGACCCCAACCAUUUCUGUCCUGGAAACAACACCUGUUGUAAACGAGUGAAUGGAGAGUGGGCGUGUUGCCCCCUCCCUCAGGCCGUAUGCUGUUCUGACCACACCCACUGUUGUCCUGAGGGUAAUACCUGUGACUUGGUCACUAAAACAUGUCGUAAGGGGGGCAUGGUUACAGCGUGGAUGGAGAAGACAUCAGCCAUUAGGAAGGACGUUGGUGACAUCCAGUGUGAUGCCACACAUGAGUGUGUGAACGGGGACACCUGCUGUAUGAUGGCCAACCACCAGUGGGGAUGCUGUCCUAUGCCUCAGGCUGUGUGCUGCUCCGAUGGCGCCCACUGCUGUCCCAAUGGGACCACAUGUGACAUGCCACAUGGCAAAUGUAAUAAAGCAGGGGGUGUGUCUGUUCCCUGGCUCAACAAACGUCCAGCUGUAAGGAAAGUGAAGGAUGUGAUGUGUGACCCCAGCCAUUUCUGUCCUGGAAACAACACCUGUUGUAAACGAGUGAAUGGAGAGUGGGGCUGUUGCCCCUUCCCUCAGGCCAUAUGCUGUUCUGACCACGCCCACUGUUGUCCUGAGGGUAAUACCUGUGACUUGGUCACUAAAACAUGUCGUAAGGGGGGCGUGGUUACAGCAUGGAUGGAGAAGAUAUCAGCCAUUAGGAAGGACGUUGGUGACAUCCAGUGUGAUGCCACACAUGAGUGUGUGAACGGGGACACCUGCUGUAUGAUGGCCAACCAGCAGUGGGGAUGCUGUCCUAUGCCUCAGGCUGUGUGCUGCUCCGAUGGCGCCCACUGCUGUCCCAAUGGGACCACAUGUGACAUGCCACAUGGCAAAUGUAAUAAACCAGGGGGUGUGUCUGUUCCCUGGCUCAACAAACGUCCAGCUGUAAGGAAAGUGAAGGAUGUGAUGUGUGACCCCAAUCAUUUCUGUCCUGGAAACAACACCUGUUGUAAACGAGUGAAUGGAGAGUGGGGCUGUUGCCCCUUCCCUCAGGCCGUAUGCUGUUCUGACCACACCCACUGUUGUCCUGAGGGUAAUACCUGUGACUUGGUCUCUAAAACAUGUCGUAAGGGGGGCAUGGUUACAGCGUGGAUGGAGAAGACAUCAGCCAUUAGGAAGGACGUUGGUGACAUCCAGUGUGAUGCCACACAUGAGUGUGUGAACGGGGACACCUGCUGUAUGAUGGCCAACCACCAGUGGGGAUGCUGUCCUAUGCCUCAGGCUGUGUGCUGCUCCGAUGGCGCCCACUGCUGUCCAAAUGGGACCACAUGUGACAUGCCACAUGGCAAAUGUAAUAAAGCAGGGGGUGUGUCUGUUCCCUGGCUCAACAAACGUCCAGCUGUAAGGAAAGUGAAGGAUGUGAUGUGUGACCCCAGCCACUUCUGUCCUGGAAACAACACCUGUUGUAAACGAGUGAAUGGAGAGUGGGCGUGUUGCCCCCUCCCUCAGGCCGUAUGCUGUUCUGACCACGUCCACUGUUGUCCUGAGGGUAAUACCUGUGACUUGGUCACUAAAACAUGUGAUAAGGGGGGCAUGGUUACAGCGUGGAUGGAGAAGACAUCAGCCAUUAGGAAGGACGUUGGUGACAUCCAGUGUGAUGCCACACAUGAGUGUGUGAACGGGGACACCUGCUGUAUGAUGGCCAACCACCAGUGGGGAUGCUGUCCUAUGCCUCAGGCUGUGUGCUGCUCCGAUGGCGCCCACUGCUGUCCCAAUGGGACCACAUGUGACAUGCCACAUGGCAAAUGUAAUAAAGCAGGGGGUGUGUCUGUUCCCUGGCUCAACAAACGUCCAGCUGUAAGGAAAGUGAAGGAUGUGAUGUGUGACCCCAACCAUUUCUGUCCUGGAAACAACACCUGUUGUAAACGAGUGAAUGGAGAGUGGGGCUGUUGCCCCUUCCCUCAGGCCGUAUGCUGUUCUGACCACACCCACUGUUGUCCUGAGGGUAAUACCUGUGACUUGGUCACUAAAACAUGUCGUAAGGGGGACGUGGUUACAGCAUGGAUGGAGAAGACAUCAGCCAUUAGGAAGGACAUUGGUGACAUCCAGUGUGAUGCCACACAUGAGUGUGUGAACGGGGACACCUGCUGUAUGAUGGCCAACCACCAGUGGGGAUGCUGUCCUAUGCCUCAGGCUGUGUGCUGCUCCGAUGGCGCCCACUGCUGUCCCAAUGGGACCACAUGUGACAUGCCACAUGGCAAAUGUAAUAAAGCAGGGGGUGUGUCUGUUCCCUGGCUCAACAAACGUCCAGCAGUAAGGAAAGUGAAGGAUGUGAUGUGUGACCCCAACCAUUUCUGUCCUGGAAACAACACCUGUUGUAAACGAGUGAAUGGAGAGUGGGCGUGUUGCCCCCUCCCUCAGGCCGUAUGCUGUUCUGACCACUCCCAUUGUUGUCCUGAGGGUAAUACCUGUGACUUGGUCACUAAAACAUGUGAUAAGGGGGGCGUGGCUACAGCGUGGAUGGAGAAGACAUCAGCCAUUAGGAAGGACGUUGGUGACAUCCAGUGUGAUGCCACACAUGAGUGUGUGAACGGGGACACCUGCUGUAUGAUGGCAAACCACCAGUGGGGAUGCUGUCCUAUGCCUCAGGCUGUGUGCUGCUCCGAUGGCGCCCACUGCUGUCCCAAUGGGACCACAUGUGACAUGCCACAUGGCAAAUGUAAUAAAGCAGGGGGUGUGUCUGUUCCCUGGCUCAACAAACGUCCAGCUGUAAGGAAAGUGAAGGAUGUGAUGUGUGACCCCAGCCAUUUCUGUCCUGGAAACAACACCUGUUGUAAACGAGUGAAUGGAGAGUGGGCGUGUUGCCCCCUCCCUCAGGCUGUGUGCUGCUCCGAUGGCGCCCACUGCUGUCCCAAUGGGACCACAUGUGACAUGCCACAUGGCAAAUGUAAUAAAGCAGGGGGUGUGUCUGUUCCCUGGCUCAACAAACGUCCAGCUGUAAGGAAAGUGAAGGAUGUGAUGUGUGACCCCAGCCAUUUCUGUCCUGGAAACAACACCUGUUGUAAACGAGUGAAUGGAGAGUGGGCGUGUUGCCCCCUCCCUCAGGCUGUGUGCUGCUCCGAUGGCGCCCACUGCUGUCCCAAUGGGACCACAUGUGACAUGCCACAUGGCAAAUGUAAUAAAGCAGGGGGUGUGUCUGUUCCCUGGCUCAACAAACGUCCAGCUGUAAGGAAAGUGAAGGAUGUGAUGUGUGACCCCAGCCAUUUCUGUCCUGGAAACAACACCUGUUGUAAACGAGUGAAUGGAGAGUGGGCGUGUUGCCCCCUCCCUCAGGCCGUGUGUUGUCCUGACAAAGUACACUGCUGCCCCUCUGGAACAACUUGUGACAUGUCAGCCGGCAAAUGUAACAGACAAGAUGGAGUCUCAGUUUCCUGGAUGCAGAAGUCUUCAACAAGCCAGUCUUCAGGAGGCAUCACGAUCAGUGACCCUGGUGCAGACAGCCAACAGAUGAGACAGAAGACCCUGAUGCAUGUUCAGGAGGUGGGAGUUUCGGUGGAGUGUCCUGGGGGUGAGACGGAGUGUCCAACAGGCUCUACCUGUUGUAAGAUGGCGUCAGGAAGCUGGGGAUGCUGCCCCAUGACACAGGCUGUGUGCUGCUCUGACCACGUCCACUGCUGUCCAUCUGGGAUGACCUGUGAUGUCAGUCAGGGCACCUGCAACAAGGACGGCAUCAGCAUCACCUGGGAAGACAAGAAGCCGGCUCGGGCCCGAAAGAUGCAGCACAUGGAAGGACAAGCCAAGAGUCUGAGCCUCGCCAGCAGUCUGGGCAUCAAGCUCCAGGCAGACUCCAAACCUCUUGGCAAUGUGAUGUGUCCUGACCAAAAGUCUAGUUGCCCAGACAACAGCACGUGUUGCUCAAUCACAUCCACACAGUUUGGCUGUUGCCCCCAUCCCAAGGCUGUGUGUUGUACUGAUCACAUCCACUGCUGUCCAGCACACACAACCUGUAAUAUUGCUCUCAAGAAAUGUUUGCAAGGGGACUCUAUGAUUGAUUGGUCUGAGAGGACUCCUGCAAAGGGUUCAGGGAAGCCAAGCCAUAGUUUGGAGUCUGACCUGAUCCCUCCCUAUGCUGUCAUGUGUCCUGAUGGGCACUCGGAGUGUUCUGAUGGGUACACUUGCUGUAUGCUCAACACAGGCGUAUAUGGUUGUUGUCCUCUGCCUGAUGCUGUGUGUUGUUCCGACGGAGUCCACUGCUGCCCCGAGUACAUGUCCUGUAACCUCACCACACAAAAGUGUCAGGGAGACAGCAUUCAGAUCUCCCUGCCCCUCUAUAGACACUCUCCAGCCCGAGUCCUCCCUAAGGCUAGCAGCAUCCAGUGUGACUCAGGCCACGAAUGUCCUGAUGGAAGCACCUGUUGUAAAAUGUCCACUGGUCAGUGGGGAUGCUGUCCUCUGCCAGAGGCUGUGUGUUGUUCGGACAAGAUUCACUGCUGCCCCCGGGGAACCACAUGUAGUGUAGGUGCAGGCAUGUGUAGCCGUGGGGGCGUGGCCGUCCCCUGGGCAGAGAAGACGGCAGCCACAAAGACCGCCCUGAAGGCCCCUGGUGCAGGUGUGUUCACCUGCAACGGCACCACAAAACAGUGCAAUGACGGAGACACCUGUUGUCGGGCUGCACAGGGCUACAUGGGCUGUUGUACUUUCAGCAAUGCUGUGUGUUGUUCCGACGGGACCCACUGCUGCCCCCAGGGAACCACCUGCGAUGUUGAGAGUGGACACUGUCUCAGAUCGAACAACGACAGGUCUUUGGCGUUGACAUUAAAAAAGUCUGUGUCUGAGGCUGUCGAUGUCAACAAUGUAAAGUGUGACUCCACCUCCGAGUGUCUAGAUGGAAGCACCUGUUGUAAAAUGUCCUCUGGCCAGUGGGGAUGCUGUCCUGUGCCACAGGCCGUGUGUUGUGCUGAUGGAUUCCACUGCUGUCCCUCUGGAACAACUUGUAAUCAAAUAUCUGGCAAAUGUUAUAGUAAGGAUGGACUCUCUAUCACAUGGUUCAGGAAAACUGCAGCGAUUGUUAAGAAUGUAGAAAAUGUAAAGUGUGACUCCACCUCCGAAUGUCCAGAUGGAAGCACCUGUUGUAAACUGUCCUCUGGCCAGUGGGGAUGUUGUCCUCUGCCACAGGCUGUGUGUUGUGCUGAUGGAAUCCACUGCUGUCCCUCUGGAACAACUUGUGAUACAGCAUCUGGCAAAUGUAACAGACAAGAUGGACUCUCUAUCACAUGGUUCAGGAAAACUGCACCGAUUGUUAAGAAUGUAGAAAAUGUAAAGUGUGACUCCACCCACGAAUGUCCAGAUGGAAGCACCUGUUGUAAACUGUCCUCUGGCCAGUGGGGAUGCUGUCCUUUGCCACAGGCCGUGUGUUGUGCUGAUGGAAUCCACUGCUGUCCCUCUGGAACAACUUGUGAUACAGCAUCUGGCAAAUGUAACAGACAAGAUGGACUCUCUAUCACAUGGUUCAGGAAAACUGCACCGAUUGUUAAGAAUGUAGAAAAUGUAAUGUGUGACUCCAGCCACGAAUGUCCAGAUGGAAGCACCUGUUGUAAACUGUCCUCUGGCCAGUGGGGAUGCUGUCCUCUGCCAAAUGCUGUGUGUUGUGCUGAUAAAAUCCACUGCUGUCCCUCUGGAACAACUUGUGAUACAGCAUCUGGCAAAUGUAACAGACAAGAUGGACUCUCUAUCACAUGGUUCAAGAAGACUGCACCGAUUGUUAAGAAUGUAGAAAAUGUAAAGUGUGACUCCACCUCCGAAUGUCCAGACGGAAGCACCUGUUGCAAACUGUCCUCUGGCCAGUGGGGAUGCUGUCCUCUGCCACAGGCUGUGUGUUGUGCUGAUGGAAUCCACUGCUGUCCCUCUGGAACAACUUGUGAUACAGCAUCUGGCAAAUGUAACAGACAAGAUGGACUCUCUAUCACAUGGUUCAAGAAGACUGCACCUAUUGUUAAGAAUGUAGAAAAUGUAAAGUGUGACUCCACCUCCGAAUGUCCAGACGGAAGCACCUGUUGCAAACUGUCCUCUGGCCAGUGGGGAUGCUGUCCUCUGCCACAGGCCGUGUGUUGUGCUGAUAAAAUCCACUGCUGUCCCUCUGGAACAACUUGUGAUACAGCAUCUGGCAAAUGUAACAGACAAGAUGGACUCUCUAUCACAUGGUUCAAGAAGACUGCACCAAUUGUUCAAAAUGUAGAAAAUGUAAAGUGUGACUCCACCUCCGAAUGUCCAGAUGGAAGCACCUGUUGUAAACUGUCCUCUGGCCAGUGGGGAUGUUGUCCUCUGCCACAGGCUGUGUGUUGUGCUGAUGAAAUCCACUGCUGUCCCUCUGGAACAACUUGUGAUACAGCAUCUGGCAAAUGUAACAGACAAGAUGGACUCUCUAUCACAUGGUUCAAGAAGACUGCACCAAUUGUUAAGAAUGUAGAAAAUGUAAUGUGUGACUCCACCUCCGAAUGUCCAGAUGGAAGCACCUGUUGUAAACUGUCCUCUGGCCAGUGGGGAUGUUGUCCUUUGCCACAGGCUGUGUGUUGUGCUGAUAAAAUCCACUGCUGUCCCUCUGGAACAACUUGUGAUACAGCAUCUGGCAAAUGUAACAGACAAGAUGGACUCUCUAUCACAUGGUUCAAGAAGACUGCACCGAUUGUUAAGAAUGUAGAAAAUGUUAUGUGUGACUCCAGCCACGAAUGUCCAGAUGGAAGCACCUGUUGUAAACUGUCCUCUAGCCAGUGGGGAUGCUGUCCUUUGCCACAGGCCGUGUGUUGUGCUGAUAAAAUCCACUGCUGUCCCUCUGGAACAACUUGUGAUACAGAAUCUGGCAAAUGUAACAGACAAGAUGGACUCUCUAUCACAUGGUUCAAGAAGACUGCACCGAUUGUUAAGAAUGUAGAAAAUGUUAUGUGUGACUCCAGCCACGAAUGUCCAGAUGGAAGUACCUGUUGUAAACUGUCCUCUGGCCAGUGGGGAUGCUGUCCUUUGCCACAGGCCGUGUGUUGUGCUGAUGGAAUCCACUGCUGUCCCUCUGGAACAACUUGUGAUACAGCAUCUGGCAAAUGUAACAGACAAGAUGGACUCUCUAUCACAUGGUUCAAGAAGACUGCACCGAUUGUUAAGAAUGUAGAAAAUGUAAUGUGUGACUCCACCUCCGAAUGUCCAGAUGGAAGCACCUGUUGUAAACUGUCCUCUGGCCAGUGGGGAUGCUGUCCUCUGCCACAGGCCGUGUGUUGUGCUGAUGGAAUCCACUGCUGCCCCUCUGGAACAACUUGUGAUACAGCAUCUGGCAAAUGUAACAGACAAGAUGGACUCUCUAUCACAUGGUUCAGGAAGACUGCACCGAUUGUUAAGAAUGUAGAAAAUGUAAUGUGUGACUCCACCUCCGAAUGUCCAGAUGGAAGCACCUGUUGUAAACUGUCCUCUGGCCAGUGGGGAUGCUGUCCUCUGCCACAGGCUGUGUGUUGUGCUGAUAAAAUCCACUGCUGCCCCUCUGGAACAACUUGUGAUACAGCAUCUGGCAAAUGUAACAGACAAGAUGGCUACUCAGUGAAUUGGGUGAGGAAGACCUCUGCCAUAACCAAACCCUUAAAGAAACUGCCAGACUUCUUGUUGCCUUGGCAAUGGAAACCCAUCAAGAAUAGUCACAAUGUGAGGGACAUUACAUGCUUGGACUCCAGUACAUGUCCAAGUGGAAGCACCUGCUGCCAACUCACAAGUGGUUCAUACGGCUGUUGUCCAAUAGCCAAUGCCGUGUGCUGUGCAGACAAGGUCCACUGCUGUCCCAAUGGCUACACCUGUGACUCGUCAUCAGGGACGUGCAACAAGGGCAGCAUCAGGAUCCCCUUCUCUGGGCGCCACAUGCCGUAAAGGGAGACCACUCUAACCCUAGCAUCAAGGGGGGUUACAGUGACAUACAUACCGGUCACCCGAGACAGUGUCAGUGUUUGUGAGUGGGUGUGUCUUUGCAAAAUUCAUGUAAUGUUUUCAUUCUUGUCACCUACAUCACAGCAUCAUCAUGUUCAAUAAUAUUGGUUUGUCAGAGGAGAUGGAUAGCCAAAAAACAACAUGGCUGUCAGUUUAUUAUAUUAUAAUAUGAUUAUGUUAGGAUAAAAAAAAAUAAUAGUCUUGGUUCUCAGGCACCACCCACAUCAUCAUAAUGUGUGCAACUUUUUGAUUUUAUUUCGAUUUUUAAAAAAACCCACAAAAAUCCUUAAAUCCUGUAUUUCAGUUUUUUGCUAAAGGAAUACAUUUAUGGAGGGAGGCCUUUUACCAGGUUGAUAGUACUCAAUUGUUUAUUUGGUUACAUACUAGUUUGAACAACAACAAAAAAAAAGAAGAAAAAAGACACCACCCGACCCGCCCGCACUAUAUUUUCAAAAGCCAUUGCCUGAGAAGCAAUUCUUUUUCUUUUUUUAAGCCUUACUAUGGGUGUUUUUUCCUUCUUGUACAGAGAAAUAGCAGGCUAUUAACCCUUUGUGGUCUUUGUUGCGUGUUUCAUGGUUUAACAGGGUCUUGUGUGUAACAAAUGUGUACUUAAACAAAUGGUCUUGUCCAAGCAAAUAAUAUAAUACUGUUUGAUGUAUAUGGAAUGUGGAUCAGUAAGGUUGGGAUAAUUUUAUUUUCAAAGUUUUUUUUGUCUUUUUGUUUUAUGUUCAUGGUUUUUCCUUCCUGUUAGGAAUCGUGUCCCUUGAGAAUUAGUAUCCAGAGAUCCUUGCCAAGACUGACAAAAUAAUUCACUGAGGACAAAUAUUGCACGUAGCUUGUAGUUCAUUCUCUAAAUUUGUAUGAGUGGUAUUUGUAGUCUGUAUUGUGUUACCUAUAGGAUUGACUGUUUCUUGGACACUUUCUCUAGAAACUUAAGAUGUCUGCCAACAUGUGCCUACAAUUAUGGAUAUCAUGAUCAUUCUUUGUGACUUAAGGUGUAAUAUUCUGUGAAAAGCUUAACAAAAUGGCACCCCUGUGAGUGUCCUGUACAGUUUUAGGGAGACAUCGAGUGAAUUCUUACACACUUGGCUUGCUGUACAUGCGAUAAUGAAUGAAUGGUUACUUGAUAAUGUGUGUCUGAUACAACUACAGUAGUGUUGAUUGAGGGUUAUACAAUAAAGGAUGUUUGUAUAUGUGUAUUGUGGUAUUUCAUUCGUCACCACUCGCCCCUUUCCGUAACAUGCAAGAAGACUCGUCCCCCUAUCAAUGAAUGUUAUGUACAAAAAUAUGACCAACCAAUCAAAAUGCUUGUAUGAUUUCAAGUUCUUCGGUCUAAGAAUCCCUCAGGAAUAAUGUUUGAUUUUACAUAUGUCUUGCAUCUAAACACUCUUAUAUGUGUUCAAUCAUGCUGUAUAAUACCGCAUGUCACCAUCUGCUUUAAAUUGCAUCCGAAAUUAUAUAAUACAUGGGGAAAUAUACGUGAAUCAUUACGCAACGAGGUGACAAUUCUUUUAGCUAUGCCCCCUUGCGCUUAGGCGGAACCCGGUCGUAAAAAUGCCCACGAGAGGGGCACGAGUCGCUAUUCGGCUUGUCCUGGAAUAACACGAGUUGGUCACGAAUGGAUGGUGUUUGUGAUAGUGUGUCAUGACCUGUCACCUUGUGAAGAUGUGGAGUGUUAGGGCUGCUGUACUGUGAUGAUUGACUGGUGUUGCUCACAGGGAGACUUUGCGAGAAGUCUUGUGGGAAAUUGCUGCUGCAACAGUCAACAUCAUCGUACACAGAUAGUUUCAUCCUGUCGGCCAUGGUUUACUUUCAAUAUAGACAUCGAUGUUUGGAAAUGACUCCAUUUUGAAAAGGUGUGAAAUGCCUGCCUCCUGAUCUCGAUUAUUGUCAUCGUGUCGUCUUUUUGCCAUAAGUUAUUCGUUGCAAGAUAACACAUUUCAUUUAGUGUUAUCAUUAGCUGUUGUGUUCUACUGAAUAACAUAUCAAAUCCGGCAAAAAGCAAUUAUUCAAAUAAAACAUAUUUGUAAGUGUGAAUGAGAUUUAUUCAUCCUAAUGGAACUUUCACAUUUUUUCAACCUUCAAAAAUUAGAUCAAUGUUAAUGAAAGAUAAUACAAGUUAAAGUGGCUUUCUCUUGAUAUACCUGCCUCGGUGAUAACGUUUUAUCACAGUGUUACCACUGUUUUUACCAAGGUAUAACAACUUAUAUCAUGCCGUUCUGCCAUGGCCCUAUUACCAUGGCAACUGUGGGAUACAGGAGUUGUCCAUGUCUGGCAUCAGAUGAAGGGCACUGGCUUCCAAUCUUUACAUUCCAUCAUGUAUUUUUUCAGGUGAUAAUAAAUGCAUCAUUUAUAAAA